CCUCAACACUACUAUUUCCCAAAACCCUCUCUCUCUCACUCUCUCUCUCAUAUUACCAAAUGGCCAUUCCAAAACACUUCUUCUUCUUCACCACAACACUCUUGAUUCUUGCCUCUCUCUUUGUCUCCAUCAGUGUUGAAGCAAGAGAGGUUAGGGAGCGCGAUUCCUUCAGCAAAUUCACCAAUGCCAACGACAACGUCGACAAAGAGAACACGCGAGUUGUCCCCAGCAAGGAAGAGGCCCCCACCACCGAGGAGGCCUUGAAGAAGCAAGAGGACCAAGAGCAACAGCCGACCUUCAUUCCUCAGACCCGCAAUGGGUAUGGCCUCUACGGUCAUGAGAAGACUUUCGAAGACACGCCUGCCACCACCACCGCUACCUCCACUGGUAACCGCCCGUCCAAAACGGCGAUGCCGGACGACUCGUUCUACAGCAACUCGAAUGGCAAUUUCGAGAACACCAACAACUAUUACAAUGAUAAGAGCUACGAUAGGAGGAGCGACAGCUACUACAACAAGGAUGCUUAUGUCGCAGACCGGAGGGAGCAAGCCCGCGACACUUACACGCCAGAGGAGCAAAACUUUGUCGGCAACGCUCGGCUUCAAGAUAGCAGCUACACCACCACCACCACCACCACCGGCUCCCGCGCCACAAACGACCACAAUACCUACUAUACCGGUGGCAAUAGGUACGGCGCCGUGAAUCCGGAAGGGAUGAGCGACACGAGGUUUAUGGAGAACGGGAAGUACUUCUACGACGUAGACAAUGAGGAGAAAUACUACCAAAACAGGUACCAGAGGUCGAAGCCCGGGUAUUCGACUCAGGGGUAUUAUGGCAAUGGCAACCGCAACCGCAACGACAACGUCAAUCUCUACGAGCAACAGUUCAACAACGUCGACGACAACUUCAUGGGAGGAUACCAGGACCAGCAGGAGUUCCAGGAGAGCCAAGACGAUGAGUUUGUGCCCUGAGAGAGACAGAGACUGAUGAAGUUGGUGCAUUCUAAAAUUAUGAAAUUGAAUGGGUUUAAUUAUUCAUGAUAUGCAUGAAUUAUGGUGUUUUGUGGUGGAAAGGGAGACGCAAAAUGUUAAAGUAUACACUUUACCUUUACUUUAAUUUGUGACCUUAUUUUGCAGUAUUCCCUGGGACUGUGUGUUUGAAAAGAUGACAAAGUUGGGGGUGUGGAAAUGUAUUUGGACCAAAGUUGAGGAUCUAAUAAUAAUAAAAAGUGUAUAUGGAA